CUAAAACUAUAAUAAUAUGCUUUAGCUUUGGCCAAACCGCUGCUGUCACCUGCUAGAUUCACAGCAAAAAUGUUCAGUGUUGCUUAAAAAUUGAUUUUUCUUUAAAAUAAUUUUUUCAUGGUGCCAAAACAGACUUCAAAAAAAUUGUCAAAUUUAACCAGCUUCAGGAACAACUUUUAUUUGACUUACAACCAGUUAUUAUUAUAUAAUAUUUUGACUGGUGUGCAACUAUUUUUCUCCAUGUUCAAGUUAUCAUGUGGUGUAAUGUAUUUAUGUACAUUUUUGUUUUGGUUCUCGUUAGCUACCGGUCUUAUAGCGUUCAUUUAAAGCGCAAAACGGUCUUCCCGCCCACCAUAAGGUGGUGUAAUUUAGACAAUGUUACUGUAUACUUUAAACUGUAGUUGUUUUUAAUUGUAAAUGGCAGUUGAGCAAAUCUGUGCUUUAACCAUAUUGAACUACAUUUCCCAGAUGUCUUCGCGAACGCUCCGUUUCUAGGUGUCUAGCAACAGUUCUCUGCUCCAGACAGCCGGCGGCAACCGGAGCGGUGUAUUACUGUGCUUCUCGUCAUUAGUCGCUCAAUUUUAAAUAUCAAAAAAUAAUAGUCGCUGGGUUGACAAAGUAAAAAAAACACAACCCUGAGCCCUGCACAGAGAUAUGAGCGGCAGCGGGCGGCCCAGGACCAGCUCGUUUGCUGAGCCGCCAGGUGUUCCAGGUGCCGGAGCCGCCGCUGCCACUGCGCCCGUCGGAUCAGCCGCUGCCGUGGGGAGCAGCACAGGAAAGUCCGGGGUCCCGCAGGCCUCCGGCACAAGCUCUUCGGGAUGUUCGAACCUAAAGCUAGCCAGAGACAGUGGGAAAGUUACGACGGUCGUGGCCACUCCGGGUCAGGGACCAGACCGUCCACAGGAAGUCUCCUACACUGAUAUCAAGGUCAUUGGUAAUGGGUCGUUUGGUGUCGUUUACCAAGCUCGACUCACAGACACCCAGGAGAUGGUGGCCAUCAAGAAGGUUCUGCAGGACAAGAGGUUCAAGAACAGAGAACUGCAGAUUAUGAGGAAGUUGGACCACAGCAACAUCGUCAGGCUACGAUACUUCUUCUACUCCAGUGGAGAGAAGAAAGAUGAAGUGUACCUCAACCUGGUGCUGGACUAUGUCCCAGAGACGGUCUACAGGGUGGCCAGGCAUUUUAACAAGGCCAAGAGCAUCAUUCCCAUUAUUUAUGUCAAGGUGUACAUGUACCAGUUGUUUCGCAGUCUGGCUUAUAUCCAUUCCCAGGGUGUUUGUCACAGAGACAUCAAACCCCAAAACCUUCUUGUUGACCCAGAGACUGCCGUCCUCAAACUGUGUGACUUUGGCAGCGCCAAGCAGCUGAUCCGUGGUGAACCCAAUGUGUCGUAUAUCUGCUCCCGGUAUUACCGGGCCCCGGAGUUAAUCUUUGGUGCCACGGACUACACGGCGAACAUCGACAUCUGGUCAGCAGGCUGUGUUCUGGCCGAGCUGCUGCUCGGACAACCCAUUUUUCCUGGAGACAGUGGGGUGGACCAGCUGGUGGAGAUCAUCAAGGUGCUGGGAACACCAACCAGGGAACAGAUCAGAGAAAUGAAUCCAAACUACACAGAGUUCAAGUUCCCUCAGAUCAAAGCUCACCCCUGGACCAAGGUGUUCAAACCUCGCACCCCUCCAGAGGCCAUAGCUCUGUGCUCUCGGCUGCUGGAGUACACGCCGGCCUCUCGUUUCUCUCCCCUAGAGGCCUGUGCACAUGCCUUCUUCGAUGAGCUGCGUCAGCCCAACACACGACUGCCCAGUGGCCGAGAACUGCCCAUGCUUUUUAACUUCAGCACCACAGAGCUGUCAAUCCAACCCCAGCUGAACUCCACCCUCAUUCCUCCUCACGCUCGCUCUCACACAGCUGCUUCCGCCCACGAUGUCACCGGUUCAGAUUCAUCUCAACACAGUUCAGUGCCGGGAUCUUUGAACAGCAUCUGAAGCAAAGUCUCACCUGUCUCUCUCUCUCUCUCUCUCUCUCUCUGUCUGUCUGUUGGCUUCCCCUUUGCCUCCCUGUCUCACCCAAACACACACACACACACACACACACACACACAUGUGUGUACAGCUUUCCUCUGUGCUGCUUGCUCUCCUUUCUUUUAGGCCAGUUUUUUACAGUAAAUACACUGAAGUCAACUCUUAGUUUCUUUGGCUGCAGAGUUGAAACUACAGCAGGAGAUUGUUACACACACACACACACACACACACACACACACACCCUCAUUCAGCUGCUCAGGUGGUUUGUGUAGAAGGUUCAAUAGUGGGGGCUGGUCCUCUGUUAUCAGACCUUUCUUUUUAAAAAAACAAAACAAAACAUUUUAAUUGUUUCUCUUCCUUUUCUUUAUAUUUGUCUUAUUUAUUUUAAAGUACAUUUUAUUCCUAGAGACUUCCUCACGUACAUGUGUUUUUUGUUCUUUCCCAUUUUUAUGUAUCCACAUGUGUUGUUUUUUUUUUUUUGUUUGUUUGUUUUUUGUUUUUUUUUUUUUAAAGUUGUUAAUAGUGAGGACUAACCACUGCCUGACCCCUGAGAACAGCAUUCACCUGGACAGGAGGUCACCGGGUGGAAACAAAGGUUUUUAUUUCAGCAGAACAGAGACAGUGAUUCACAAACUCUUACAAAAAAAAAGAAAAAAAAUCCAUAAAUCUGCAGCCACUUUAUUCAGAAGAUGUUGAUGAAUGUAUGAAAACACCAGCCUGGUGUCGAGGUGUAGACAGCGCCCACAGCUGGUGUGGAGAGGAAACGUUCAGCAGUGUUUGGUUGGAGGUCAACCCUUGUAUUCGAUGUUCUGUGGCUGCAUUAUUAUUAUUAUUAUUAUUAUUAUUAUUAUUAUUAUUAUUGUUGUUAUUUUUAAGCUAAAUGUUCCGACCCUUGUUCUGUUCCUACAGUUCCAUCUCCUUUUCCUUGAAACAGUGAUUUUAUUUAUAAUUCCAUUCACAAAUCAGGAGGGAAGUAGUUUUGAACCGUUGCAAGAAAAAUGUCCAGAACUUUUCUUGAUGUAUUUAGAGCCGUCAGUGUCAGUGGUGAAUUCUGAAUAAAAACUGACUCAAGUGUUGGUGUCGACCAAG